UGGUUAGUGCUUAUCAUGUAGUGUUCCCUCAUUGCUUAUGUUGAGGUUGACGCAAAUGGUUGGAGUUGAAGAAUGGCGACAACAAGGGCAUUUUUGGUGGUAACUGGUCUUGUACUUGGGUUUGCUUGGUGGUGGGGUACAUCUCGUAAAUCAAGCUUUAGAGAAACCCUGUAUCGAAAUUAUGAUUACAUUAUAGUUGGGGCAGGAACUGCUGGCUGUGUGUUAGCAAAUAGGCUGUCUGCAGACCCAAAUGUCUCUGUCCUUCUCCUUGAGGCUGGGGAGGAGACCAGCUUCUUGAACAGAUGGGCCAUCCAGUUCCCAGUGGCAGCUAUAACAUUACAGAGGGGUUCAUUUGACUGGAAGUAUGAGACUGUACCACAGAAACAUGCCUGCGUGGGAAGCAAUAAUAAUGUGAGCUUCUGGGCGAGAGGAAAAGGCUUAGGUGGAACAAGUAGUAUAAACUACAUGAUGUACUCACGUGGCAGUCGCCAUGACUACAACCAAUGGGAGGAGCUUGGGUGCAGUGGGUGGAGCUAUGCUAAUGUGUUACCUUAUUUUCUGCGAUCAGAAAGUGUGCAAAUCAAAGAAUUAUUAAAAUCACAGUACCAUGGUCAUGAGGGUCCAGUUACAGUCAGUGAUGAUACAUAUGGAGAGGCCCCUAACAUCAUCAUUGAGGCAGCAAAACAACUAGGAUAUAAAGAGGGGGACUUAAAUGGUGAAACAGACUAUGGGUUCAUGCGUGUUCAAAGUCAAUCUAAUAAGGGUCUGAGGCAAACGAUGGCUGAUGCUUACCUCACACCUGUGCUAGACAGACCCAAUUUACAUGUUAUGCUGGGCGUGCAUGUCUCUAAGGUCUUAUUUGAAGAUAAAAGAGCAGUUGGUAUAGAAUAUAUCCAUAAGGACAAACCUCGUAACACAGUGUCUGUAAAAAAAGAAGUCAUAGUGUCUGCUGGGACAAUCGGAAGCCCUCACUUGCUGAUGCUUUCUGGGAUAGGCCCAAAGUCUCACUUGCAAGACUUGCAGAUUCCUGUGGUUGCUGACCUACCAGUGGGUGAUAACCUCCAAGAUCAUGUCAUGACAGAUGCGCCAUCAUUUGAGACAGAGUCCCCAUUGGUACCAACAACAUCUGAAAUCAUCAGCUUCUCAAUGUUAUUGCAGUAUUUCUACCAUGGACUAGGUUAUUUGGCCUCUCCCGUUAUGUUGGCUGCCACAGGCCUCAUCAAUACCAAACUUUCAACUAUGCAUAAUCCAUCUAACAUAGAACAUGACAUAGAAACCAAACAAGCAUAUGAAGAAAACAAACAAGCCAAUGUAGAAAACAAACAAUCAGAUGUAGAAAACAAACAAUCAGGUUCAGAAAACAAACAAACAAAUGCAGAAAGCAAACAACAUUCCAAAGAUAUCAAACAAUCAAAUACAGAAAACAAGCAACCAUAUUUGGGAAACAAACAACCAGAUGUGCAAUACUUUGCUGCAUCUGUCCUAUUUGGCGGGGAACCAUUGAUAAAAAACAAUUAUUUGGAGAUAUCCAAUAUGAAAUCAGAGGUUUAUAACAGUCUUUAUGGAGCAAAUGCUGGAAAAAGAGGGCUACAGAUAUUAACAAUCUUACUUCACCCUAAGAGCCAUGGUAGAAUCCGCCUUAAGUCUAUAGACCCCUUAGAGCAUCCCAUCAUAGAUCCACAGUAUCUAUCCCAUCAAGAAGAUAUUGAGACACUCAUAGAUGGUAUUGAGAAUGCAAUGAAGUUAGAGAAGACAAGUGCAUUUGAAGAGAUUGGAGCCAAGCUGGUACAAAGGACCAUUCCGGGAUGUGAGGGUAUAUUGUAUGGCUCUAGAGCAUACUGGGAAUGUUAUGUAAGACAGCAGACACUGACUGUGUACCACCCUGUAGGAACAUGUAAGAUGGGACACAGGGAUGACCCUACUGCAGUGUUGGAUCCACAGCUCAGAGUUAAGGGUGUUAUCGGUUUACGUGUGGCUGAUGCUUCAAUAAUGCCCAAGAUCAUCUCGGGUAAUACAAAUGCAGCAGUGACAAUGAUAGCUGAGAAAGCCUCUGACAUGAUUCUCUCUUCAACAUCAUGACACCAGAUAUAAGGAGAGCAGUGCAUGUCAAGGACUAAAGAUCUACUAGUCAAAAUUGAAUUUUAGACCAAAUCACAAUUUUUAUAUACUGUACCUUUUGAAGGAUGGGACAUUUAUAAUGCACCUUAGCUGGCUAAGACGCUGCUCCUUCAGGACACAUUUGUAUGCAUACAGUAUUGGUGUGAUACAUA